GCCACAAGUGUUGUGGUGGCACCAACUGCCUGUGGGAUAUUUCUUCAAUGCCUCCAGAUUUCACUAAUCAACCUGUUGUCCAGGCUAAGCAGCCGUUUGGGAGAAAGAGCAAAGAGCAUGAAUCGCAAUUGCAGCAGAGAAGACUGAGAGAUCGUGUGCUGCUGCCGCCAUGCCAAGAUUCUGUAGCAACAACUUCCUUGGUGAUAGGAGCCUGUAUGCAGCAGGCCCCUUGGUGGGCCUGUCAUCUCACAAAAAGAUGCUUCAGUAAUCCAAAAGAUUGGACUCCAGUAUACUUCAGGCCAGGAAUGAAGCCAGCUACCAUGGGCAUGUUUCACCGGCUGUUCAAGCUCGUUCAGAAGGAGAGGGGAGACCAAGGAGAGAACAGACCGAGGCAGAAGAAAGCUGGCCUUCUGGUAGAUUCUAUCUUUCAGUAUGAGGGAUCAUGUAAUAAAAAUUUCAUCAGUAACCAUGAAAAACGUAUAAAGAAAUUGGAGGAACUACAAUCUGAAAUCCAGAAGUGUAAAAUCGAGCGGGAUGAACUUUCUCGAAUCCUGGACCUUUAUGUCAAUGAUGGUUUGAGGGUCUUUGUAGGACGGCUGAGUGUUGAAUUGCCAAUGCUUAAAUCCCAACAUGAGAUGAGAACGAUGGAUAUGCAUAAGAUGACCAACUGGAUAAGUGAUGCCAUGGAGAAGUACAAGGAGCUCACACAAGAGAACAAUUCCUACGGCAUCAGAAACUUCCACCUCCUGAAUGAAUGCAGUGAAUUGAAGAAGAAUGUAAGGAUUUUGAUGAAUGAGAACAGAAAACUGCUGGUGGAGCAGACUGAACUGCAAGCAUCCUGUGAGGAGGGAAAGAGGUUCUGUGAGGAGGCCAGCAAGACCAUGUACACCGCAGAUACUGAAUCCUUGUGUCCUGUUACUUUUGAGUAAAUCAAAUGUAUCCUUGUGAAUCAAA